AUGCAGCAAAAGUUGGAAUCCGGCCAUGAUGGCUCCCCGCAAGAGAAAGACACCACCCAGGCGACCAAGUGGAUCCAGAGCACCCACAAGAUCCUUGGUCUGCAGGACUGGAUGAGUGCCACACCAAGUCCCAAGAUCCCCGGGUUGGAUCCCUUCCUGCAAUACAUUCGCCAUGUGUUCGAUGGAGACAUGCUGGACAAACAGCUGUACUUCAGCCUGACCCGGCGACGGCGAUUCAAGCGACUCGAUCUCCACAGCAAGCGACAGCGCACCGUCCACGAGAUGUGCAAGCAAGUCAUCGACCAGGCACCAAAGGAGACCGAAGUGGUGAUUGCCUUUGGGAAUGCAUCCUGGAAGCAAGGGAAGGGAUAUGCCUCCAGUCCCAGGAGACUCAGGUUUGCCAAGUACUUUGAGCAGUUCCACCACCACCAGAGACGACCACCAGACCGACCCGUCUCCAAGAUCCAUGUGUGUGCUCACAUUGUCGGGAAGCCAAGCGACUCGAGAAGGUCGAGCAUCUUGAUAUCGAGAAACCACACUUUGUCCGGAGCUGUACAAGCUGCCAUACGCUGUGGGAUCGAGACAUCAAUGCAGCCAGGAAUAUGA